AUGGCUACAACAAUUCUGGUGUUCAUGGUUUCUCUCAUGACUAUCUGUGGAAUCUCUUAUGGUGUUGUCUACAAAGUUGGCGACUCUGAUGGUUGGACUUCCACUCCCACUAUUGAUUACAAGGACUGGGCCUCCACCAAGACCUUCUACGUCGGCGACGUUAUCGUUUUCGAAUACAAAAAAGAGGAUGACAAUGUGGUGGAAGUGAGGCACCAUGAGUACCGGACCUGCAACACUACAUCUGCGGUGGUGACUUACUCCAGCGGUAAAGACUCCAUCACAUUCAAAAUGCCAGGCCACUACUACUACACUAGUGGGUUUCCGGGCCGUUGCCAAGUGGGCCAAAAGGUUAAUUUUAGGGUCCUUGCAGGCCAAAGCCCAAAUACUCCAAGCCCACCUCUUUCUGGAUUACAGCCAUCACCAUCAUCAUGCCCAUGCAGUAAGAGUGAUGCUUCGUCUUCUGUGUAUUAUUCCUCAUUCGGGCCGUGGGCCUUGUAUGUUCUUGGGCUUUGGGGAUUGGGGUAUGCUGCACCUCCUUUAAGGGUAGAAGAGAUUGUAUCUAGUGAUGAAGUCAUGUUAUAG